AUGACCUCAACACGCAUGUCAUUCGAAACGGAGGCUCAACAGGCCGACCGUCCCUACACACCAUGGGACGAUAUGGUUCUGCCAACCGUGUACUCGUGGAGCGACCUGGAAGAGGUCAAAGACGAUAAUGGGUUGGAAGUUGAACCUUCCCAUCAAUACUCUUCCGGUCAGAAUGGCGCCGAAUGCACCAUAGAAGAAGAGAUGAACGAGAGGCAGAUGAUCGAUGCGCCAGUCCGACACCUAAGGGACUGUCGCAUCGACCCCGACGACGACUGGUCGGAUUAUGAGGCGGACGAUGAGUCGGAUAACGAGUGCGAUGACGGGUUGACGUAA